AAAUAAAAUACGUCCUCUUCCGACCAUGGAGGUAUGGAAGUAGCAUAUUUUUUGACCAAAAUUAAUGAGCAAAGAAACCCAACUGCCCAAAAGAAUCUGCAAUUCUUUCGGCGCGACAAAUGUGGUCAACUCGAAUACCAUUCACCUCAACGCUCAUAACAACACCCCCAUUUCUACUUCUUUAUCGUCGCUCUGCAUCAUCUUACUCAACUGCUCCAGUUGCUCUUAUUCAUAAGCCGCGGCCUCACUACCUCAAAUUUCUCUCUCCUCAUCGUAGACUCGCCACUUACUCCGCCAUGAAUGGAAAAAAUUCCGACGCCGGCGAUUCUCCGGCUGACCAUGUUAUCGGGAAUUGGUUCUCGUUGCCGGAACUCCGACUUCGUGAUCAUUAUUUCACUGUUCCACUCGAUUACUCCCUCCGCUCCGAUUCAUCUUUUCCUAAAAUCAGCGUUUUUGCUCGCGAAGUUGUUGCCGCUGGUAAGGAAGAUCAACCACUGCCAUAUCUUCUAUAUCUGCAAGGUGGACCUGGGUUUGAGUCUCCACGUCCUACUGAAUCAAAUGGUUGGAUUGGUAAAGCAUGUGAAGGCUAUCGUGUUGUGUUGUUGGAUCAGCGUGGAACAGGCUUGUCAACUCCCUUGAACACAUCUUCUAUGCGGCAAAUGAAAUCUGCAGAAGAUCUGGCUCAAUAUUUGAAACAUUUCCGUGCAGACAACAUUGUGAACGAUGCUGAAUUCAUUAGAGAGCGCAUUGUUCCAGAAGCUGGGCCUUGGACUAUCUUGGGUCAGAGCUAUGGGGGUUUUUGUGCUGUUACAUAUUUAAGUUUUGCCCCACAAGGGUUAAAGCAAGUCCUUGUAACAGGCGGAAUUCCUUCAAUUAAGAAUGGCUGUACUGCAGAUGCCGUGUAUCAUGCAUGCUUUGAAAAGAUUGUGCGGCAAAAUGAGAAAUAUUAUGAAAGAUUUCCCCAGGAUGUUGAAGUUGUUCGAAAUAUUGUUAAAUACUUAGAAAAUUGUGAAGAAGGCGGGGUGCCUCUACCAUCUGGUGGAAUGUUAACCCCAAGGGGACUUCAAACUCUUGGCCUUGCUGGUCUAGGGUCUGGUACUGGCUUUGAGCGGUUGCAUUACUUGCUUGAGAGAGCCUGGGAUCCUGUUAUAACUCCAGGUGCACAAAAGCAACUCAGUUAUUACUUUCUGAAUGCAUUUGAUAAUUGGGGGGGUUUCAACACGAACCCACUAUAUGCGAUACUUCACGAGGUGAUUUACUGCCAAGGUGCUCCAUCUCAGUGGGCUGCUCAAAGAAUAAGGGAGGCCAACGGAAGCAAGUUUGACGCAAUCAAAGCAGCAAAAGAAGGGCGUCCUGUAUAUUUUACGGGAGAGAUGGUAUUUCCAUGGAUGUUUGAUGAGAUUUCUGCCUUAAAACAUCUAAAGGAGCUGUCCCAAAUACUGUCAGAGAAAAAAGAUUGGCCUCCAUUAUAUGACGUAGCAGCACUGGAGAACAAUAAGGUUCCUGUAGCAGCUGCACUCUACUAUGAGGACAUGUAUGUGAACUUUGAUCUGGCCAUGGAAACUGCUAAACAUAUAUCCGGAAUAAGGCUGUGGAUAACUAAUGAAUACAUGCAUUCUGGUUUACGGGACGGGGGAAGUCAUGUCUUCGAUCAUCUGAUGGGUUUGCUGAAUGGGAAGAAGCCUUUGUUCUAACAAGUUUCCAGUCUCUGAUUUUUGGGUAUCUAAUAAAUACUGGUUUUCUUUCCACAAAUUGCCAGAUUGUAACAUGUUUCACCGAGUUAGUUUCUAGAAACUGGAAUAAUUUGUUUGUUCAUAUUCGUGAAUAAAGUUGUUUUUCUGUCGUUCAGAACAUGAAA